AUGGAAUCCGAUCGAAUAGGCAAAUAUUUCGUUAUACCAGUUGCCGUUCAUUGCGUGAAUCUCUAUCAUACAGGCAAACGCUUCUACUAUAAUAUUGAUGGAAGAUUUGAUUUCUCGCAAAUGUUAACCGUUAAGAAUUUGAUGCUAAAAGCGAAAUAUGCUAGCGGUUACAAAGUACCUUCACAAGUUACAAAGUAUCUUCUUUUUUUUCUAGCAUUAUUCGGAAGUAUUCUAUUGGCAGUGACAAGUCAUUAUCUUAUCACUAAAAUACCAGCAAUUCUUAGCGCAUUGAUCUAUUAUUUAAGCGAUUACGCAACAUUAAUUGCUUCGAUGAUUACCGUUUCACUUGAAAUCUAUAAAUCAGUAAAGGAAAAAAUGAAAUAA